GAAUGAAUGAGGAAUUAAAUAAAAAUUUUGAUCCCAUAGCAACAAAUCUAGAAGAACAUGCAAAAAAUUCUAAAGAAAAUCAAUCAAUCAAUAUUAUAAAUACAUUACAUGAUAAACAAUUAUAUAAUAAUACUCAAACAUAUGAUACCAUUGAAACUGUUCUAGAUCAAAAUACUUGUAAUGAAUUAUUUCAACAAAAUGAUACAUCUAAUUUAAAAGUAUUCAAUAUUGUUCUUGAAGAAGACGAUCUACAAUAUGAGCAUAAACAGGAUAAACCAACUGAACAUAUAUAUUAUCUUCCAUUAGCAAUAGGAAAUUCAAAUACAUCUAAUGAAAUAUUAGGAAAAGAAUUUAUUACUUUAACAGAUUCUAAUUCAAAUAGUAUAUCAGAUAAAAUUCUAUAUGAUUUAGGUAAAUCAUUAAUUAAUAUUCAUGAUAAUGUAACGAAUAAAGAAGAUCGUUCAAAAGAAGAAAUGAAUAAAUCAUCUAAAUUGAUAAUGACAAAUUUUGAAGAGAAUUGUCCUAAUGUACAAACUAUCAAUACUACUGUUACAUCUACUAAUACUACUGUAACAACAACAACAACAACAACAAUAACAACGAUAACUACUACUAGUUCUGUUAUUACUAAUGUAACAACAAAUACUACUAGUAUGAUAACUAUGACUUCUACACCUAUUUCUAGUCCUAAAAUUGAUCUUAUUACUGUAAAUUUAUUGAGUUCAGAUGUUAUUCCAGAAAGUAUAGCACAACAAUUUAAUCAAAUAGCUAAACUUAAUAAAAGUAGUUUAAGUAGUAAACGAACAGUUAGAACAACUUCUGCAAAACUUAGUCCAUUUUCAGAUUCUAAACGUCAAGCAAGUUUUGAAGAUACACAUCUUACAGAAAUCGCUUCUAAUUCUGAUUCACAAAAAAAUAUACAAAAGGAAUUAUUGAAAGAUACAUAUCAUGCUCGAUUUCAUAGUGAUGAAAUAGCAACUUUACAGGAUUAUGUUUCAAAACCUCAAACUCAAACUAUUCUUGACUUGGAAUACACUAAUUUAGAAAAUACUGAUAUUGAUCAUGCUAAUUCUUCAUCUAAUACAGGACCUAGUAAAAACAGAAACAGUAAUGUAUUUCGUAGUAAAAGUGCUUUAAGUACUUUACCACCAACUAAAAGAGGACAACGAUAUGGUCAUGGACAUCAAUCGGAACCCAGUUCACAAGGCACUGAUUCUGUUCACAGACAGUCACCUCUUUUAGCCCAUGAAAAUAUAUCACAUUCUCAAGGUCAAAGCAGUGGUUUCACUGCUUCAGAAGAAGGUUCUUCGAGUUCACUGCCAUCUUUAGAUACUGGAGGUAGUAGUUCAACUGGUGGAGGGUGUAGUAGUGGUCAUACACAAACAGCAGAUGAAGAUCAUUCUAUUGGUGAAGAAUUGAAUUCAGCUAAUACCACCAUUUUACAUUCCAUUUCCAAAAUAUCAAAAAAUAAUAACGAGUGUGAUAAACAUAGUUCUCAAGUGUUACAUUCAGAUGAAGCGAAAAAUCUUCAGUCAGAUAAUUUAUCAUCUGAUAAAAAUGUGUUAAUAUUGUCGAAAAGGCGACAUGCUGUCAAAGAACUUAUUCAUGUGGAAAAAGAAUAUGUAAAUGCAUUAACUACUCUAGUCAAUAUGUACAUGAUACCUUUGAAGCAAGAAAAAAUUUUAGAUGAUCAACAAGUGGAUACCAUAUUUUUUAAAGUGCAAGAAUUACUCAUGUAUCAUAUGAGUUUUUUAAAUACACUUCAAAUGUGGGAAUUAACAAAUACAGUUGGAGAUAAGUUGCUUGAUAUGUUUUCACGUGAAGCAGUUGCAAUGUGCUAUUGUACAUUUGUAGAUAAUUUUUCCAAUUCUGAAAGAACUCUAGAAACAUGCUGGAAUACAAAAUCAUCAUUUCAGAAAUUUUGUGAAAUGAAGUUAAGAAUGAAUCGAAAUAAACUUCCAUUGAAAGCGCUUCUUGUACAACCUGUUCAACGGAUACCCCGAUAUGAGUUACUUAUUAAGCGUUUAUUAGAAUCGACUCCUAAAGACUAUUCAGAUCAUGCAUUGCUUGUUGAAGCAGAAAGUGCUAUACAUCGAUUGGCUUUAAGAGUGAAUGCUGUACAUGCUGCUGGUGAAGAUGAAAAUAUUGUAGAUGGUAUUCGAUUAAUUGAAAAACUUUUAGCACCUGCUACUUUAACACCAACGCGUCAGUACGUUCGACAUGAUAUUGUUUCAGUUGAGGAACGAAAAGAUCCUGUAUGCAUAUUUAUGUUCACAGAUCAAAUUGUUUUCACAGUUGCAAGACGCAGAGGAAGUCAAGUGAUCAAGAAACCGAUAUUUCUUCGUUUGCAGUCUAUUCGUGGAGUUGAUGCAAUUGAAAAUAUUAAAUAUAAAAUCUAUCAUCGAUUAGGCAUUGAAGCUAUAGAACUUGAAUCACGUUUAGAAGUUGGCAUUGAACCAACUGGACAACAUAAAGAGGUAAAAGAUAAAAAAGAUUUGGCAUUACUAGCUGAAAUUGAAAAUAUUUCAGCGAGAUUAGAUUUUCGACAUUAUGAUCUAGAUGCUGUUGUGCGUAAAAUGUAUAUGUCUAUUCAAAAAGAGCUUGAAGAUUUACGUACAGCUAGAAAUACAACAACACCAAUGCCUGGUAAUAUAUCAAUUUUUACUGCCACUAGCAAAGAAGGUGUUGAACGUUAUGAGUUAAUGUUUCCAAAUAGUGCAAAACGAAAAGAAUGGGAGAAAACAAUACUCGAAUUAAAACGUCAAUUAAGUUCUGUUAAAAGAAUGGCAAGAUUUAAUGAGGCUGUUCAAAUUCCACGUACAUUACCAGGAAUACAACUUUCAUGUGCAUCUAUGAUUGAAUCAUCUCCGCUUGUGGCUGAAACACCUUGUGAUGUAUGGAUAUGUGCAUCUGAUGGUUAUACUGGUUAUGUUUGUCUACUGACAGUUCAUCCAAAACCUAAUGUCUAUUUCAAUGUUCCUUUGUCCGGAUGUACAUCCCGAAUCACAUGUAUAUGCGCUAUUCCUGGCUAUAUUCAUCCUGGACUAAGAAGAACAUCCCACAGUCUAACAGCUCAAAGUAUUCGAUCAAGAUAUGGAAUGGAAAAAAAACGUUCAGCCACUAUGGAUCAGCCACUGUUAGAAGUAGAACAACAGGUAACUGAAGAAAAUAAUCGUCAAUCAAAACUGUCUGCAUCGUUGUCAGAAAAAGCAUCUCCGAUGAUUACAAAUGAUAAAGUGGUUGAUUCAAAAGAUGUGGAUAAAAUAGAGUUAAAUACAAGCAGUGAUGCAAACAAAAAUGCUGGAACUACAGUAGAUGAUGAUGUAAGAUGUAGGAAAAGUAGCAUUCCACAAGACACAAGCGCCAGUUCACAUUCAACUACUCCACCUGAUACACCAACCAAUACAGAAUCUACAUUGAAACUCUCAGAUGGAGAUGAACCUAAAGGUGAUGAUGUUUUAAACGUACCUAAGAAAUGUGAUAUUGCUCCAGAAUCUAGUGAAAUUAACGUGCAACAAGGUAAUGAGUUGACUACUCAAGCAAACUGUGAAAAAUCUGAUUCGUUUGAAAAAAUUAAAAACGAACCACAACAAGAGAUUAGUUUAGAUAUUUAUGCUGAAUAUACUGAUGAUCAAGACGAUCCUACAUCGAAUGAUUCAGAUUCUUCUGAUAUUAGUGAAACAGAAGGUGAUUUAACACAACAAAUAAUUUCAGAGAAUUUAUCAGAUAACUCAUUAUUCAAAGAAACUGGACAGAAUAUACAAUCUUGUGAAUACGAUGGUAAGACAGAUGAAUAUUCAAAUUCACAUGGAAAAAAUCAUUGUCUCACUAGUUCAACACAACCAUUAAUGUGGUUGGGUACAGAAGAAGGAAGUAUUUUUAUGUUCUACGCAACUGAUAAUUUGAAGACAAGUAGACAACGUCAGAAAAUUAGUUUAUCACAUGGAAUUAAUAAUAUAUUGCAUUUUGAUGUGCAUAUAUUUGUUGCUUGUGCAAACGGUGAUCUUAUUGUGUACAAACGUAACUCAGAUGGCUUGUGGGACGUUGAUAAACCGAUACAUGUGAAAUUACAGCCUAAUUCUAAUGAACCAGUUAUUGUAAAACGUAUGUUAGUUGUUGCCGGUAAAAUAUGGUGUGCAGCGCAUCGUUCAAUAUUUAUUUUAAAUCCAGGAACACUUACUCCAGAACUUUCAUUCCCAUUGAAUGGCAACUAUGCAGAUCCACGUGGAAUACAAUUGAUGGCUUAUGGAAAACAAACUGUAUGGUUAGCAACAGAAAAUAGUUCACGUAUUAGUUUAUAUCAUGCUACAACAGGUGAAUUUUUAAUGGAGAUUGAUUUAAAGCCUAUUGUACUUCAAAGGUUACAAGACUGUGAUGAAAUUAUCAUGAGACAUAAAGAAGCUUGUCUAAGAAUCACUUGUUUAACAGUAUGUAAAGAUUUAUUGUGGGCUGGAACGAGUGCAGGAGUUAUUGUCACUGUAGCAAUACCAAAACUUGGUACAGGACCUACACACGAGAACAUUAAACAACCUCAGUUAGAGACUUUAUCAUAUGGACAUAUUGGACAAGUUAGAUUCCUUGUAACCUUGGAUAACAUAGCAGAUGAUGAAAAUUCAAUAACAUGUAAAAAUGAAAAAAUAAAUACAUCCAAUCAAUCAAUAUACAUAUCAAAUUCAGCAAUAACACCAUUUUCUGAUAAAGUGACAUCAUCGGAUAGUAACGAAACAAACACAUCAUCACAUUUAGUUAGUUCUAGUCGAACAAAUGAUCUUAGUCAGUCUGGUCAAUUAUCUAGACAUCAUUUUAGUGGUAGUCGUAGAUCAUCAAUAAAUCCAUGUACUACUAUUAAUACAAAAAUGAAAGUAAUUAGCGGUGGUGAAGGACGUGAAGAAUUUAGUAAAAAAGAUUUUACAACAUUGGGAAUAUAUGAUAAUAAUCUUUGUUGUACUAUUGGUGAUGAUGACAGUGACAACUAUGUUCUUAUUUGGGAUGUGAAAUAAUUAUUCAUAUUAUAUAACAUAUAGAAAACAAUAAUAUUUUUAAAGAGAUAAUUCCUAUUCCAUGACUGUAUGGUAAGUUUUUUCUAGAAGCUCAUAUUCGAAAAACACUUCUUUCAAAUGAAAACAAAUAGAACUACUGUAAAUUAUCAUCCAUAGUAGACAUUUAUAAAACCUAUUCAUUGUUUUACAGAAUAUAUAUAUAUAUGUCUCCAAAACUCAUGUAUACUAACCGAAUAUCCCAUUUUUUCUAAUUAAAUCUUAAAUCGUACAUUUUUCUUCUCUUCAUCUUAGUAUCUGAACAAUAAUAAACAUCAUGAUAUCCAAACUAGCCAUCAUAAACAAUAAUAAGUUAACUGUCACGAAGUAUAUCGUUUAAUACAAUAGACAUCAGUAGUAAGUGAAAUAAAUGUUGAAGAAAGAAGGUGAGACUUUAAUCUAUAGACGGCCUUUGAGCGACGCUGAAGUGAC